AUGAACCCGUUAGAUGACUUCGGUUCUCCGCUCCAGGAGGAGCGCCGGUUCCGGUGCCGGUGGGCCCGGUUCUCCUCCUGGCUGGACUGCGUGUGUGUGGUUACCUUCGACCUGGAGCUGGGCCAAGCUAUAGAGUUGGUUUAUCCUCCAGAUGUGAAGCUGACGGAGAAAGAGAAAACCAGCAUCUGCUACCUGUCGUUUCCUGACUCGUACUCAGGAUGCCUUGGGGACACUCAGUUCAGCUUCAGGCUGCGUCAGUCAGUCGGUCGCAGAGCGGCGACGCUCAGAGAGGACGACUACGACCGAGACGCUCCGGUUACUCUGCAGAGAGAAACGUCUCAUUUCAUUGGCUACGUCUAUUUCAGACAAGUCAGAGACGCCUCAGUGAAGAGAGGAUACUUCCAGAAGUCUCUGGUGCUGCUGUCCCGGCUGCCGUACACUCACCUGUUCCACUCGCUGCUGCAGAUCAUCACACCUGAGUUCUUCGAGAAGCUGGAGCCCUGCCUGGAAGCAGUCUGUAACGAGAUUGACCAAUGGCCUUCACCCGUACCUGGACUGACCCUGAACCUGCCUGUGAUGGGCGUGGUCUUACAGGUCCGGAUCCCGUCUAAGGCCGACAAACCAGGAGGAAGUCCAGUGAGACACGCGCUGAAGGAGAACUUCCUGCCGGCUCCGACGCUGCUGCCCUCCAUUACGGACCUGGAUCUGUUCAGGUGUUUCCAGUCGGUCCUGGUCCACCUGCAGAUGCUCUGGGAGCUCACGUUGCUCGGGGAGCCCGUGGUCGUCAUGGCGCCGUCUCCCACCGUUUCCUCGGAAACCGUGCUGGCUCUCGUCAGCUCCAUCAGUCCUCUGAAGUUCUGCUGCGACUUCCGGCCGUACUUCACGAUCCACGACAACGAGUUCAGAGAGUACACCACCCGGACCCAGGCCCCACCUAACGUGGUUCUGGGCGUCACCAAUCCAUUCUUCAUUAAGACCUUUCAGAACUGGCCUCAUGUGGUCCGACUGGGAGAGAUCCGGAUGGCAGGUGAUUUACCCAAACAGGUGAAGGUGAAGAAACUGUCCAAACUGAAGACGCUGGACACUAAACCAGGGAUUUACACGGCCUACAAGACCUUUCUACACAAAGACAAAGUCCUCAUCAAGAGACUGCUGAAGGGCAUUCAGAGGAAGAGACCUUCAGAGGUGCAGAGUGCCAUCCUCAGGAGACACCUGUUAGAGCUCACUCAGAGCUUCAUCAUCCCACUGGAGCGGUACAUGGCGAGCCUGAUGCCUCUGCAGAGAUCUGUGACACCCUGGAAGACGCCUCCUCAGAUCCGUCCCUUCAGUCAGGACGAGUUCAUGUCCACUCUGGAUCACACCGGUCCUCAGCUCACCUCGGGACUCAAAGGUGAUUGGAUGGGACUGUACAGGAAGUUCUUCAGGUGUCCGAACUUUGACGGCUGGUACCGACAGAGACACCGAGAGAUGAGCCAGAAGCUGGAGAGUCUCCACCUGGAGGUCAUCAGUGACGCUGACCUGCUGGGUUGGACCAGAGACAAGUCUGAGGUGGAGACCGUAGACCUGAUCCUGAAGCUGCGAGAGAAGCUGAUUAAAGCUCGCAGGCAGCAGCUGCAGGUGAGAGACGGCGUCUUAGACAAACUGGAAGUCUUCAUAAAGUCCAUCAUCUCGUCUCUGCCCCAAGACCUGCAGCGAGUCCUCCACGACCCCAAGACCUGA